GUGACUCGAGGCUGUACACUAAACAGAGGGCUGGCUGGCUCGAUACGGAGGUCUUGGAUUUUUUCGUUCUGUAACUAUUUUACUAUGCCGUGCAAUUUUUUGGACUUCUGUGAAUACCAAACGAAUAAACUUGUCAGAAUACAAAGCUUUAAAUUGGGCUCGCUGAAAUGGACUCUAAACGUGGUCAUAUUGAUGUUUAUUUGCAUUAUGAUGUUCUGGAAUAAGGAGUAUCAGGAAUAUGACCUUGUGGUCAGUUCUGUUACCACAAAGGUGAAGGGGGCUGCGCUAACCCAGGUACCUGACAUUGGGGAGAUGCUGUGGGACGUUGUGGACCACAGUGGGACAUCCCAGGAAAAAAACUCAUUUCUUGUGGUGACCAAUGUUGUGGUCACAAAGAAACAAAGAACAGGAAAAUGUCCUGAGGAACCACCACAUGGGAAAGUGUGCCGCACAGAUAAAGACUGCCAAAAGGGUCACUGGGACCAGCGCAGCCACGGAGUUCAAACAGGAGUCUGUGUGAAAUUUGACCGCACAAGAAAAACCUGUGAAGUGGAUGCUUGGUGCCCUAUUGAGAGUAAGACAAAGCCGCCAAGGCCUGCCCUUUUGGGAUCAUCUGAGAAUUUCACAGUGCUUAUCAAGAACAACAUCAGAUUUCCAGCUUUUAACUACAUAAGGAGGAAUAUUCUGCCUACGAUGACGGACAAGUACCUGAAGAGCUGCACCUUCAGCAGACAAACUGACCCGUUCUGCCCCAUAUUCCGCCUGGGUGACAUUGUGCAGGAAGCCAGGGAGAACUUCUCCGAAAUGGCAGUGGAGGGGGGAGUCAUUGGGAUCCAGAUAAUGUGGAACUGUAACCUGGACCGGCUGUUCCACAGGUGUCUACCCACAUACUCAUUUCGCAGACUGGAUGAGAAAGAGAGCAACCGCACCCUGUACCCUGGGCUUAACUUCAGGUUUGCAAAGUAUUACAGAGAGAAUGGUGUGGAGGAGAGGACUCUAUUUAAAGCAUAUGGGAUCAGGUUUGAUGUUAUGGUGUUUGGGAAGGCAGGUAAAUUCAGUAUAAUCCAGCUGAUCAUAUACAUUGGUUCGACUCUCUCUUAUUAUGCAUUGACCACCAUAUUCAUUGACUGGCUGAUCACUACUAGCUGCUACGCCAAAGAGGCCAGGCAGAAUUAUUCAGAAAGGAAGUUUGAAUCCGUCCGGGACAAGAUUCAGGGUUUGUUCUCUGUCUCUUUUGUGGACGAAUCUCACGUGAGGGUUGUAAAAAAGCCACAGAAGAAGAGAUUACAGGAGGCCAGGCCUAUCUCCUGCCACACCCGGAAGGAUGGGGCAAUGUGCAUGAGGGCCCUGCUGAGUGUGGUGCAGACCCCCCCUGGGCGUGAAGUGGAACUGAUGGAGGUGGCCGACCGGCCAGCCUGGUGCCUCUGCGGUCACUGUGCCCCCCGGCCCGCCCCCCAAGAGCAGCUGUGCUGCCGGCAAAGCCACGGCCCCUGCAUCACCACCUCCGCAGCGUUCCCUCCACUGGUGCUGAGCCGCCCCAUCCUGGAGUCCGCUCUCCUGUACAGGGAGCCCCUCAUGGAUCUUCCCAAGGGGGACCCCGCCCGCCUGCUCCGCCACUGUGCCUACCGUCUCUACAUCGACUGGCGUUUCGGGGACGCCCAGGGAGACGCUUGCCCUGUCAUCCCCAGCUGCUGCGUGCAGCGAAUCAGGGGCCAGUACCCAAGCCUGGACGAGCACUACAGAGGUCUGAAGCCUGGAGUCACACCGCCGACCCAUUCGCCUUCUGAUACAGUGCUUUGAGAGCACAACAGUGAACCCCGUCUGAAUUUGAAUAAGUCAGGGAGCUUUGGAAGACUCCCUCAUUCAUUCAUUCUCUUGUAUAAUGAAAUUAGUUUAAAGGCAUUCAAUUUUAGUAUCUUUUCCCAUAAACUACUACAUGCACAGAAUAUGUCUCUUGCCUGGAUAUACCAAACUAAUAUUGUCUUGUACAGUUUUCUGGCAUUCAGAAAUGUAUUAUUUUCUAACACUCCCAUUUUACACUUUUGGUAUUUACAAGGAAUUAUUUUAAAUAGAACUGCAAGGCCUGUGUUAAUCAAUUUUGAACUCAGUUUCCAAACUUGAAUGUGAUUUUGUUGUCAUUUCUUAUUUCCUGUAUCUUUUUUUAAUGAAUACUUUUUUUAUACUUUUAUAAUAAAGACAAUUUUGUGCUUUA